AUGGUACGUGAACAACAGAGCGAUCCCCCAUUCAACCGGCUAUACACAUCAGACACAUCAUUAGUUCACAUCCGAGCAAGACGUCCUCUGCCAACUACUCUACAGCCAGCCGUUCUCAACGCUUCAACAGGGCAACAGCGCCCACGGUUCACACCACGAACCUUCAACUACAAAACAGCCGUUCUCACUGCUUCAACAGGGCAACAGCGCCCACCUAAGCCGCCGCGGAAGCGACGUCGUAGUCCAAAUCAACAGCCGUUUUCACCGCUACUCCGACAGGGCACUAGCGCCCAAGUUCACAUCCGAACAAGUCCUACACCACUCAACUUGCAGCCAGCUUCAGCAGCAGUUCCUCAAACAGCCGUAUUUACCACUUUCAACAGGGCAUCAGCGCCCACGGUUCACACCCGAACCGUAACUAAACAGCCGUUCUCACCGCUCUCAACAGGGCAUCAGCGCCCACGGUUCACACCCGAACCGUCACCAAAUCAGCCGUUCCCACGGCUCUCAACAGGGCACCAGCGCCAACAGCAAGCCGCCGCGGAAGCGACGUCUUCACCAACAGCCGUUUUCACCGCUCUCGACAGGGCACCAGCGCCCAAAACAAGCCGCCGCGGAAGCGACGUCCCUCCGUCAACAGCUGUCGUGGGGCCGCGCCCUCACAUUGCCACAGCUUCCCCUCCCCAACAUCCCACACCCACUGAAAUGACCAGGAACAACAAACGUAGGAAGGUCGGAGACCCCUCGACCAAACCACCUCCGAAAAUACCAAAACAACGAUCAACUCCCCCUUCCCCAAUACAAUCUAAUUCCAGUACUUCUGACUCUGAAACCAUAGACUCUUUCUCCGACUCUAGCACCUCAACCCACCACUCCCUAUCAUCACUUACUUCCGUACACUCAGUAAAAACUUCACUCUCAACCGCCCAAGCUCCUUCAAUCUCCAGGCCUCCACCUAUCAUACUGAGCUCCGCUUCCUGGCGGAAGGCCGCGCCUACCAUCUAUUCACUCCAAAACUUGCAACCGAGCUCUCUAUCAGCAAAAUCCUCCGGCGACCGGGUAACCCUACGGGCAACCGAUACCACCCAAUUCCGCCUAAUCCAAAAGACUUUAUUACACCUAGGCACCGAAUUCCACACUUUUUCUCUCCCCGAGGAACGCUCUGUAAAAAUCGUUCUAAAGGGCAUUCCAACCGAUAUAUCUACUGAUGAACUUAAAGACGAGCUAGUUACUCUAGGUUACUCCGUAAACUACGUCCGCCGCUUUGGCACCCCUGAAAAACCUAUGCCGAUAUGUGUAGUGCACAUCGCUGCUAAUCCGACUGCUAAGGACAUAUUUCUUCUGACAAACUUGUUUUACUUGCAAAUCUCAGUUGAACCACUAAAACCUUCUGGACCCGCUCAAUGCUUUUCCUGUCAACGUUUUGGCCAUGGCUCUCGUAACUGCGGCCACCCACCUCGGUGUGUAAAAUGCGCCGGAAACCACAAUGCAAACGCCUGUCCAAAAACUCUCGAGCAACCUCCGACAUGCUGCAAUGUAGUGGCCAACACACGGCAAACUUUCGUGGCUGCCCCCAAUUCAUGGCUCAGAAACAGCAGGUAUCUCCAACUCCAACCCAAGUCUUCGUUCAAAAUAAAUCCUCACACCCAACCUCAACCCCCCCCCCCUCCUCCACCACCUCACCCUAAACAAAACACUACAUUGACAUACUCCGCAGCAACAUCAAAAUCAGCGCACACUUCUUCAAAUUCUCCAGUCCCACAACUAAACUUGUCACUGAUACUAAACCUGCUCACUAACCUACUGACUGCAAUAUCCAAUAAUCACGAUCCGAAAACUAUCAUAGAAUCAACGAUCAAAACAUUCCUGUCCAUACUCUUGCCCCAAAAUGAAUAA